AACACCACCGUUAGCACAAGUAUUUUCAUUCGCAAAAACACUUUGUGGUUCUCUUGUAACAAAUUUUUCUAAAGCUCUUUUUUGAGAUAAAAUAAACUCAUUUGUUUUUUUUUUCUUCAUUCGUUUUUCAUAUCCGGAUUCAUAUUUUCUAACUCUUGGAGCCAUUUUCAAAUAUCAAUUUAUUAAAUUCUAAUUUAUAAAUUAUAAGAUGUAGAUGAAUCCAAAAUUCCAAAUUAACAAUUACAAAGUAUAAACUAGGAAAUGUGAAUGGGAUUAUGGGAACAAAAACACCUGAAGAUUGAAUUGAAGUCCUGAAACAGUCCAAACAGAUUGUGUGCCAAACUGCCAAAGUGCCAAUGCCCACCGCAGCACCGCCCCACCCUCGACUCGGCCUCAAGUCCUCACUCGGCUGCUUUCAUCUGCGAGUAUGCGCAGGUUCUGGGUUUCGCAGAUGGCUUCCGUCCAUUAGUCUGCUAGGCGAUUUGCUCAACUUGAGAAGAAUAGAAGGCACUAUGGAGCUGGCAGCGGAUCCAGGACCGAUUGAUCCUUCUGUCCUUACAUUGCAGGCCACACAUAGGACUGAGGACGUGUGGCGUGGCGUGGAUGUGCAGGUUGAUAGGUGUCGAGAGCACCUCCAUAGUUUGUCGCACGUGGAGGUGGACGAUAGAGUUUUAGCUUAUGUUAGAGCUCACGGUUUUUUUUUGAGUACACAGAUUGGUGGGUACUGUCCCACUUGAUAGAGCUCUAGUCACCGCUCUUCUUGAGCGUUGGAGGCAGGAGACUCACACAUUUCACCUCCCAGUUGGUGAGGUGACAGUGAUAUUGGGAGAUGUGGCUGUUUUGACUGGCUUACAAGUCCAUGGGAGAGCGGUGACAGGUACAGCAUGUCGGCCAUGGGUUGAGGAUGUGGAGCGAUGGUUGGGUGUUCACCCCCUUCUCCGAACAGACAUUCGUGGAUCAUCUCUGAGGAUGUCAUGGCUGAGGGAGCAUUUUGUUGUUAUUCCUCCAGAGGCAGAUGGGGUGAUGAUUCAGCAGCAUCCACGAGCAUACAUUUUGAUGUUUAUGGGAGCUUCCAUUUUUGCAGACAAGAGUGGGAAUGAGGUUCAGGUGUUGCCAUUGCCGAUGCUAGAGAUAUUUGAUGUAGCUGGACAUUUCAGUUGGGGUAGUGCCACUCUAGCGUAUCUUUAUAGGCAGCUCUGUCGAGGUUGUCAGAGUGAGAGCACGGAGGUUUUUUUUUUGCUUUUGUUACAGCUUUGUUCAUGGGAGUACAUUCACAUUGGGCAUCCCAUUAUAUCACGAUACCAUGGCUAGAUGGACUCCCACUUCAUGACCAGCCUCCACAUCUCCUUGGACCACGUCAUCGACGGAGCGAGGACCCUCUGGGGCGUCGAUGGCUAUUUGCUGAUCUUUGUCGCACAUCAUCGACUACUGGACUCGGUUUCUAUAGAGAUGCAUUUGAUCGCAUGUCGGAUGACUAGAUUACAUGGAUGCCAUAUACAGCCCAGAUGUUAGAGGAGUUGCCCCGACAGGACGAGCGCACUAUGAUAUAUGGCGAGCAUGUGUCCCGUUGAUCUUUUUUGACAUUGUUGAGCUUCAUUUUCCAGAUCGUAUACUGAGGCAAUUUGGCUAUGAGCAGGUCAUUCUAGUACCUGUCGACACAUGUGUAGAUCUCCAUAAGCUGGAUAGGCGUGGGAAGCCUAUAAAGGAUUGAUCGCUCAGACAUGUUAGAUACGUCACUGUGUGGGAGAGGCGAGCAGAACUUGUUGUGAUUGGGACGCCUACAUUCGUCCCAUCUAUCUGUGUAGGCUACAUGAGAUGGUAUUACAACAUCACACGGCUGUUUGUCUCUCCUUCUUUCAGACUCCCUACUCACCAUUACCAGCCUAGUUCCAUGACUUUAUACUUGACGACACGAGCAUUGCAGCGUAUACAUGAGCGAGCGACUACCACAGUUAAUGAUACACAUGACGUGGACAUGUACGGCCAGGUUCUGACGGCCAUCACUUCGUUGUGUUCAGAUGUGUUGGGCCGAGUGGACUAUGGACAUCUUAUACAUAUGACCCCCUCUCAGGAUUAUAUGGCAUCAACAUCAUCAGCAGCAGUGGUGGGUUCUACAUCUCAGACUCAGCGAGACAGAGUUGUUCUUCAACCACGACAGCGGCGUAGGUGUAUGCGUCAACAGCCACAACUCCAUGACGAAGACGAUCAAGAAGACCAUGAAAACUUGUGGUCUCUCUAUUAUUGAACUUAAUCAUGUACACCAAAUGUUGUAGAAACACUUCACUUUUUU